AUGAUUGCUUUGUAUGAGCUCAAACCUCUUAAAAUCGCCCCAUUUCCCUUGGGCCAGGAAAUAGAAUUUCCGUACGCCAUCUAUACGACAGAUAGGCAAAGAUGGCGGCCCCCAGGGGGCCGAGGCGGCAGUGGUGGCGCGAAUCUGUUACUCCAGGAAACCUUGUCAUUCAAAGAUGUGGCUGUGGACUUCACAUGGGAAGAGUGGCAGCUCCUGGCCCCUGCUCAGAAGACCCUGUACCGGGAUGUGAUGCUGGAGAACUAUAGCAACCUGGUGUCCGUGGGAUAUCGAGUCAGCAAAUCAGAUGUACUGUCCAAGUUGGAACAAGGGAAAGAACGAUGGAUGACAGAAGAUGAAAUCCACAGUCGUACCUGGCCAGAAACUGGCAACAUUGGUAAUCAUCUGCAGGUUGACUGGGAAAAUAAAAAAAUGCUGAAAGGUAUUGAACAAUACCAGGAACAUAAUACAUUUGGAAAUCCCGUUCCUCAAAGCCAAAGUUAUUUCUGUUUCAGGCAAAAUCAUGAUAUGUUUGAGUACUAUUUAAAAACUUUGAAGUCAAAUUUAAGUUUAGUCAUCCAGAGCCAAAGCUAUGAAAUUAAAGACUCUAUUAAAUGUAAUGGAGAUGGGAAAUCAUUUCUGUUUGGUAAACAUGAAAAAUGUCAUUCUCCAGUUAAAUGCCCUGUAAGUGCAAAACCCAUCAGCACUAAGUCCCAAGUCAUUAAGCACCAAAUAACUCAUAACAUAGAGAAAGCCCAUAUAUGCAGUGAAUGUGGGAAAGCCUUUGUUAAGAAGUCUCAGCUCACUGAUCAUCAGAGAGUUCAUACAGGAGAGAAACCUUAUGGAUGCAGUCUGUGUGCAAAAGUAUUCUCCCGGAAGUCCAGGCUCAAUGAACAUCAGAGAAUUCAUGAGAGAGAGAAAUCUUUUAUAUGCAGUGAUUGUGCAAAAGUCUUCACUACAAAGAGCCGUCUUAUUGAACACCAGCGAACUCACACAGGAGAGAAACCUUAUGUAUGCAGUGACUGUGGAAAAGGCUUCCCAGGGAAGCGUAAUCUCAUCUUACAUCAGCGAAAUCAUACUGGAGAGAAAUGCUAUGUAUGUAGUGAAUGUGGAAAAGGCUUUACUGGAAAGAGCAUGCUCACUGUACACCAGCGAACUCACACCGGAGAGAAACCCUACAUCUGCAGUGAAUGUGGGAAAGGCUUUACCACAAAGCACUAUGUCAUCAUCCACCAACGGAAUCAUACAGGAGAGAAACCCUACAUAUGCAAUGAAUGUGGGAAAGGUUUCAUUAUGAAAAGCCGUCUGACCGAACAUCAGCGAAUUCAUACAGGAGAGAAGCCGUAUGUGUGCAAUGAAUGUGGAAAAGGCUUUCCCAGGAAGGGUAAUCUGAUUGUACAUCAGAAGACUCAUACAGUAGAGAAAUCCUAUGUAUGUAGUGAAUGUGGAAAAGGCUUCACCAUGAAGAGCAUGCUUACCAUACAUCAACGAACUCACACUGGCGAGAAACCCUACAUCUGCAGUGAGUGUGGAAAAGGCUUCCCAUUGAAGAGUCGGCUGGUCGUGCAUCAGCGAACACAUACUGGUGAAAAACCUUACCGAUGCAGUGAAUGUGGGAAAGGCUUCAUUGUGAACAGUGGACUGAUGUUACAUCAGCGAACUCACACUGGAGAGAAACCCUAUAGAUGCAAUAAAUGUGGAAAAGAGUUUGCCUUUAAGAGCAAUCUUGUGGUACAUCAGCGAACUCAUACCGGAGAGAAGCCCUUUACAUGCAGUGAGUGUGGAAAAGGUUUCACCAUGAAACGCUAUCUCAUCGUACAUCAGCAGAUUCAUACUGGAGAGAAACCUUAUGCCUGCAGUGACUGUGGCAAAGGCUUCACUGUGAAAAGCCGUCUAGUGGUUCAUCAGCGGACUCAUACAGGAGAGAAACCUUUUGUAUGCACCGUUACGGCUUGUCUCGUCAGAAACGCCGUGGUGGGUGGGGUCAUGUUACGUCAUAAAGCGGAGUCCGCUGACGGAAUCCGGAAAUCCGGCAGCGCUCCAAGGUCGUCCGCUGAUAACCUGAACCAGCAGAUUCGGCCUCAGAGACUUCUGGGAGUUAAUGAUGAGGCCUUUGGCAAUCUGUGA